CUCCAUCUGCAGUGGGGUGCCAAUGGAACACACUUAGGAGGCAGCUGUGAAUUGGCAGGGGUAGGGAUGUGACCAGACCAACACCCCAGGACCCUCUCCCUGCCUCAGCUAUGAGCUCUGCCACUAGAUCUUCUCGUGGGGUGCUCCCUCAAACCCAGGGCUCAGUCCUACCCUGGGGACGGUGGGUCUCCCAUCUGGUUCCCUUCAGGUAAUUUAGGUCCAACAACACCCCCUUACCCCACCAUGGCUGGGGGUGCUGAGGCCCAGAGAGGGGAAGUCGCUUGCCCCACCUGGUUCUCAGGGGUGGGGCUAGACUCAGGCCUGGAGACAGGGAUGCAGCUCUCCUGUGCACCUUUCUCAGUGGCAGCAGGUAGUGGGGCAGUUCCCGCCUGGCACUUCCCGUCGCCCCUGGGGCCUGGCCACCAGCGCCAGAUGAGCUAAGGUGCACAGGGCGGGCAUGCAGGCUGGGGGACUCUGUGGGCUGGGGCGGCAUCCAUGGAGCUCCGCCCUGUCUCCCAGGCGGGCUUUCCUCGAUGGGGCGGGGCCGGCCUUGUGGCUGGGGCUGGGCAGAGCGCGUGGAGCUGGGAAGGCCCUGGGGCACGGACGCCCCCCACGCCUGUCCCAGGGCCCAGUGCCCCAAAAGGCCAUGGAGCCGCGGCCGGGGGGCUGUGGUAGGCAGGCUGUGGCAGCUGUGGUGCUCUUCCUGGUGCUGCUUGGUGCCCAGGCCCAGGGCAGCACUCCGAGCCCCAGGUGUGACUGUGCCAGUGAUUUCCAGAAGAGGACUGGUGCGUUUUGUUGCAGGGGCUGUCCAGCAGGGCACUACCUGAAGGCCCCCUGCACAAAGCCCUGUGGCACCUCCACCUGCCAUCCGUGCCCCCAGGGCACCUUCUUGGCCAGAGACAACCACUAUAUGACUUACUGUACCCGCUGCCAGGCCUGUGAUGAGCAGGCCUCCCAGGUGGCCCUGGAGAACUGCUCAGCAGUGACGGACACCCACUGUGGCUGUCAGCCAGGCUGGUUUGUCGAGUGCAAGGUCAGUCAAUGUAGCAGCAGUUCACCCUUCCACUGCCGCCAGUGCCUAGACUGUGGGACCCUGCACCGCCACACACUGCUGUCCUGUUCUAGCAGAGACGCUGACUGUGGGACCUGCUUGCCUGGCUUCUAUGAGCAUGGUGAUGGCUGCGUGCCCUGCCCCACGAGCACCCUCGGGAGUUGUCCUGAGCCCUGUGCUGCUGUGUGUGGCUGGAAGCAGAUGUUCUGGGUCCAGGUGCUCCUGGCUGGCCUGGUGGUCCCACUUCUGAUUGGGGCCACCCUGACCUACACAUACCAUCAUUGCCAGUCUCACAACCCCAUGGUUCCUGCAGAUGAAGCUGGGACAGAGGCUCUGACCCCACCGGCCACCCACCUCUCCCCCUCAGACAGUGCCCACACCCUUCUGGUGCUCCCCGACAACGGCGAGGUCUGCACUGUCCAGUUGGUAGAGAAGAGCCGGGCCCCUGGCUCCCUCCAGACCCAGGAGGCGCCCUGUCCACAGGUGCCAUGGCCCUGGGGCCAGCUGCCCAGCAGAGCUCUUGGCCCUCCUCCGGCGCCAGCGCCCCCUGCAGGCUCGGCGGCCGCCGCGCUCCAGCCGGGCCCGCAGCUCUACGACGUGAUGGACGCGGUCCCCGCGCGGCGCUGGAAGGAGUUCGUGCGCACGCUGGGGCUGCGCGAGGCGGAGAUCGAGGCCGUGGAGGUGGAGGUCGGCCGCUUCCGCGACCAGCAGUACGAGAUGCUCAAGCGCUGGCGCCAGCAGCAGCCCGCCGGCCUGGGCGCCGUCUACGCGGCCCUGGAGCGCAUGGGACUGGACGGCUGCGCCGAGGACCUGCGCAGCCGCCUGCAGCGCUGCCCGUGAGGCGGGAGGCCACGCGCCACCUCCGCGCUCUGGUGGCCCUUGCAGAAGCCCUAAGUACGGUUACUUACGCGUGUAGACAUUUUAUGUCACUUAUUAAGCCCCGGGCCCGGCCCUGCGUAGCAGCGCCAGCGGCCGCGCCGCGCUCACCCCAGAACUCCGGUUCCGGCGGACCGUGCGCCGCGGCGAAGAGGUUGCUCCGCCGCCGCUCGGCCGGAGCGUGGCUGAGCCCUGCGCAUUAAAUCCAUCAAGAAAAGCUGUGCUUGUCGUUCUGAGGGGCUGGGGGCGGUCACCGGCCCAGGCUUUUCCAGGGGCCUCGAGGGUCUCGUCCCCCAGCGUGGCCGCAGC